AUGUCGUCUAAACAGACUGGUGCAAUUUGUAACAAUACUGAACGACCACCUGUGGAAGUUACAGAUUGGAAUGAAUUAGUUCGAUAUGCACAAUUUCUAUGUCUCAAAGCAGAUAAAAAGUUCAAAAUCUGUAUAGUUGAUGAAGAACAAGAAGAAAUUCGCAUUGAAAAUAAGAAUGAAUUCGAUACAAAUGUUAAAUAUGCUAGAGAUCAUGGUCUUAAAUCACUUACACUUAUUAUUUAUAUUGAUGGUCAAUAUAGCUUUGAUGGAAUUUAUCAUUUAAAUAAAUCAAAAGAAAGAUCAAAUACUCUGAAAGUGAAUAUUUUCCCUCUUGAUAAACUUAAGAGUCUUCGAGAUAAUAUUCUUGUUGAUAAAUGGUAUAUACCAGUUAAAUUAGAUGAAGCAUUAGGCAUUUGCCUUACAUCAACCAUUAAACUCGUACAAGAAGGCAAACUUGAUGUAAAUACGGAAUGUAAAGAAUUCAUUGAAACUAUUGUCCCUGAAGCUUUUCGAAAAUUGCUAACUACUGAUUCAGUAUUUUCUUGGCCACGUGAAAUUCAAUAUGGAAUAUUUGAUAUGAUUGAAUUACUGGUUGAUAUAGUUGGUACUCGUCUUCGUUAUCCACCUGUACCUGUUACAUUAUUAAAUACACUUGCAAUAACGUUUGAUAUCAAUACAACUUUUUCACAAAAACAUAAAGAUGAACAAUUGCCAUCGCGUCGCGUUUAUAAAUUGGAUGAUGAAGAAUUUUUACGAACAAAAUUUAAUAAUCAAACUGGUACAUAUGGUUGGAUUCGAUCAUUCAUUCAGCGUUUCAUUGCACAAGAUGGUUUAAAAAAUCUUCGCGGUCAAUUUGAGUUGAUGAAAAAUGCAACACCAACAACUACAACAGCAAUGGAAUAUAAUGCUUUACUUAAAUUAUUUUCGAAAUGCUACCAAUGUAUUGAAUUAGGUCGCUUUCGUGUAUUAUUUACUCGAUCAAUUCGCCAAGUAAUUAAAUAUUUUCUAGAAACAAAGAAUGCUAAUAGUGGAUCAAAUACACACUUGGAUGAAUUAAAUGAAACAUUGAUUGAAAUAUGCUUUAAUUAUGAAAUGAAUGAUGAAAUUAAUGCAAUACUUAAAUUAGCAUCAAUACCAAAAACUGAUGAAACACCAUUAUUACCAACAUCAAUUACACCAUUAAUUAUGCCAUUGGAAAACUUGACAAUAAAUAAGAAAUCUAAAACUCAUGAUAAAUAUGAACGACUUGCUGAAGAAAUGAAUUCAUUAACAAUGAACAGUGUGAAUGUUGAACGCAAAAAUAUUAAAAAACAACGUACCAAUGAACAAGUAGCAUUACCAUUAUUUUCUCGUAAUCAUGCAGCUGAAUGUACUACUGAUGAUUUAUUAUCAUCAUCAGAAAAAUGUUCGCUUAAACGAAAACAUCGCCGUGAACAACAACGUCUUAUUGCUAAAAAAGAAAAUAAACGAUCACAUGCAACAAUAGUUAAAACUUACGAUCGAUCGAAUCCAGAAGAUAUUCUUCGUUUUUUUGCACCAAUGAAAGUUAAAAUUGAAGCUCUUUACGAUCAACUUCAAAUGGCUACAUGCAAUGGAAAUAUACGUGAAGUUUUAAAAAUUGAAGAAAAACUUAAAUUACUUCGUCCAUAUUCGGCUCGAUUUGUUGCCGAUAAAAAUACUCCUGAUGGCACAGUCAUGCAACCAGGACAACUAUUUCGUAAAAGUUGGAUACUUCUCAACGAUGGUUCAAUGCCAUGGUCUAGUGAUGAUAUUCAACUCAUCAAUUUAUCUGAUGGUAUCAAAGUUGUUGAACAGCCUGUUGUCCCUGUAACUGCACCACACAAUCGAGCAAUUAUAACCGUUGAUUUUAUAUGUGCUAAUGAACCAGGUACUUAUGAGAGUAAAUGGAUUCUUAGGUUUCGUCAUCAAACAUUUGGCCCCAUGAUAUGGUGUACAAUUGAAGUUGGCUCGUCAACAUCAAAUCAAUCGGUCAAUGAAGUAAAAGAAAGAUUCGAAUUGGUCGAUGUACCAUUACCAUCGUGUUUCGAUUUAUCAAAACCGUAUCAAGCAAUAUCAAGCAAUAGUUCACUUCAUCCAAGUUUGAUUAUGCGUCGUUCAAUUUCAACAGAUACACAAUCGGAACAAUUAAUUGACAUUUUAGAAAACCAACCUGAUAAUGAAAAUGACAGCAUUUCAACUUUUGCGUCUUCAUCAUUAUCAAUAUUAUCAAAAUCAAAUGAAAUUCCAUUGAUUGAAAUUGCAAUUCCUCCGACAAAUAACUACGAAGAGUCUCAACAAUCUCCACGAUCUAAUCAAUCUUUGGAUUUGGUUGAUACCGUUGUGGCAAAUAUAUUCAGUGUUGCUAAACAAGCAGGUUCAACAGCAAAAGCAAUUAUUGAUACGUUACAAGCAACUGAUGAGAAAACUCGAAAGAUUCAAUAUCAAGAAGAAACUCGAAGUUCUACACAAAAUUCAAAUGUUGAUGACUUUUUUGAACAUGUUGAAUUUAGUGACAUGGGAAAUAGACAUUUAAGUUUAUCAAAUGAUCCUAUAGAGAUAUUAAUUGAAAUGGGCUUUUGUAAUCGUGAAAAGAAUCAACGUUUACUGGUAGAAAAUAAUAAUAACUUAAGUAAAGUUAUUGAAUUAUUAACCGAUGAUAACAAUGAAGAUUAG